GACUGUGCUGGGUACAGCAGCGUCGCCCACAGAAGAACAACGUGAAAGCAGGGAGGAUAUUGAAGGAGUAACAUCUACCAUGAACAAGACUCUCCUCGCUGCCCUGCGGAAGCUCCUGCUGGAGCGGUUGGUGGAGAAAUCGCUGCCUCUGUCCGUGCUGGAUGAGCUCAUCUGUAACUCAACAGUUAGAAACAGACCCUAUCCCAAUGAUGGACAGCUAUACUGUAACGCAACAUUUGACGGGUUGCUGUGCUACAACUAUACCCAAGCUGGUGAAAGCAUCUCGGUUCACUGCCCAGAUUAUCCUGGGUUCAAUACUCGAGCCUUUGCUCGUAAAACAUGCAUGGACAAUGGCCAGUGGUACAGUCAUCCCAAAGUGCCCAACAAACCCUGGACAGAUUACACAGCAUGCUCCAAAUUACAGGAAGAGAGAGAUGUCAUCAUGGUGUAUAUUUCCGGGUACUCCUUGUCUAUUAUUCUCUGUGUCCUGGGAGUCAUCAUUUUCAACAUGUUCAGGCAACUGAAGUGUAGUAGGGUGACUAUGCACCAGCAUCUGUUCAUAUCCUACAUCCUGACCGGAAUGAUGUGGAUCGUCACCUACACCACUGUACCCAUGCGGCCAGAUGUUCUCCGCAGCAACCCGGGUUGGUGUCAAGCUUUACAUGUGUUCACUCAGUACCUGACUGUGUGCAACUACUGCUGGAUGGUGUGCGAGGGCUUCUUUCUGCAUACGCUUAUUGUCAUGGCGUUCAGCAAGGAGAAGAAAUUACUCUGGAUGUGCAUUGUCAUGGGCUGGUGCUUUCCCUUCGUUCCGUCUGUAAUCUACGCUGCCAUGCGAGGAAUGGACUCCACAGACAAUGUCAACUGUUGGUUGUACGAGUCAAGGUUCCUGUGGAUCAUCAUCGGUCCGGUGAUUCUAUCCCUGGUGGUUAAUUUGUUCUUCUUAGUGAACAUCCUCCGGAUCUUGCUGUCCAAACUCCGUGCCUUCAACAGUAACGAACAGCACCAAAACAGGCGUGCGGCCAAGGCCAUCCUGAUUCUCAUCCCUCUCCUUGGACUCCAGUACCUGAUCAUCCCAUUCCGACCUACAUCCGGACUGCGCGAGCUUUACAUAUUCAAAAUGGUGUCCGCUUUCUUGGUAUCUUAUCAGGGCGUUUGUGUUGCGCUCAUUUUCUGCUUCUUCAACGGCGAGUUGUAG